AUGGCGGACUUGUUGAAGCCAAUUCUACCGGUGCUUUUGGUACUUGCUCUGACGGCGGCCGAGCAGAGUGUGGGCUAUGGACCAAACCUAAAGUGCUACCAGUGCGCAUCCAUCGUGCAACCACACUGUGACGAUCCCUUCGAUAACCGCACAGCCAUUCUUGAGCCCUGUCCGAACGACGGGCUAAACUACAGCCGGUGCCUGAAGAAGAUAAUAGAGGGUAGGUUUAUGAAAGUUUUCUCCUUUUACUGA